AUGACAACUCCAAGAGUUCUUAAAGUCCUCUGCCAUGUUCAUCCCUCAUUCGACCCAAUGGACCUAAUCGGCCCCUACGAAAUCUUCUCCUGGGGCCGUCACGGUCCAGACUCCAACCCAGAGCUCCGAACGCCCGCGUUCGAGAACUUUAUCACAAGCGGCGAACCCAAUAUCAUCGCUCACUCCAAACUAUCCAUCAACAUAGACCUCACGCUCGAAGAGGCAUACGAAAAAUUAGCCGAGUUCGACAUCCUCUUGAUUCCCGGCGGCGGAAGCCAGAACGUGUUGCCUACAAGAGCGGAACCCAUUUCUCUUAUCAAAACUUUCAGUGAGCUGCCCAAAAGAGAGGAUGGCGGUGUGAGGACUUUGAUGAGUGUGUGUACUGGAUCGUUGUUUCUUGCUGAGUCUGGUGUGUUGGCUGGGAAGAGCGCUACUACUCAUCCGCUUUACACCGAGAAAUUGAAAACUAUCUUGGAACCGCAAGGUGGGAAGGUGUAUCAUGAAGAGAGAUUCGUGGCGAAUCCGAUUGAUGAGGAGAAGGGCUUGAGGAUUGUGACUGGAGGAGGUAUCAGUGCUGGCAUGGAUGCGGCGUUGUUUGUGAUUGGGGAAGUACUUGGGAAAGAGAAGAUGGAGAAGGCGGCUUGGACUGUGCAGUACAAUCGAAGAGAAGGGGUUGUAUUGUGA